AAACAGAGCGAGACCUGCCGUGAGGUGCCGUGGGUUUAAGAGUAGUCGUUCGUCCUCAUCCUUGAUUGCGUUUAUUCUCACCAGUGUUAUGUGUGAUGCGUCGCAGAAGUGCGCUGUUAUUAGACCGAAGAACUUUGCAGUUUAAUCAUGGGUUGCAACCACAGCAAGAAGCUCGAUGAUGAAGACUGUGUCAAGACGAGCAAGCUGAACGAAGCAUCACGUGAAGUGGGGUGCAAAGAAUUAGUCAACAAUGAAAAGGGGAAAAACUCUGAGAAAAAGCCAAAGAGAGGACGUGUCCUUGAAGGAAAGCUUAGCUUUGAUGCUGUUGUCACGGAGAAAUAUGAGAUCAAAGCGCUCAUAGGAAGAGGUUCAUUUAGUAGAGUCGUCCGUGUUGAACAUAAGGAAACAAAACAACCUUACGCGAUCAAAAUGAUAAAGGUUCGUGGUGGUAAAGACAGCUUCGAGUCCGAAGUUGCUGUUCUAAGAAAGGUGAAGCACGAUUACAUUGUUCAACUGUAUGAAGUUUUUGAGUGUCCAGAGAGGAUCUAUCUGGUUAUGGAGCUCGCAACAGGCGGUGAACUCUUGGAUCGCAUCGUUUGUCGGGGAUCUUUUACCGAACACGAUGCUACUCGAGUCCUUAUUAUGGUACUAGAGGGAGUUAGUUAUUUACACUCUCUUGGAAUAACUCAUCGUGAUUUGAAGCCGGAAAAUUUAUUGUACUAUCACCCUGGAAACGAUUCCAAAAUCAUGAUUACCGACUUCGGAUUUUCGAGCGCUUUUCAAAACUCCGACAGCGCGACAAUGGAUACAAUUUGCGGAACACCGGAGUACAUUGCACCAGAAAUACUCAAGAGGCAACCGUAUACAAAUGCAGUAGACAUGUGGGCUAUCGGGGUUAUCACGCACAUUCUUUUGAGCGGAGAAAUGCCAUUUUCAGACGAGAAUCGUACGAGGAUGUAUCAUGCAAUUUUGAAGGCAAAGUAUUCGUAUAUCAGUGAGGCAUGGAAGGAUGUAUCAGAACAAGCAAAGAACUUUAUUGACAAGUUACUGGUAGUAGAUCCUUGUAAACGGAUGACUGCUGACCAAGCUCUUAGAGAUCCAUGGAUUGCACUUAGUGUUGCUUCCUCAAAUUUGAAAGACCUUCAUCGUUCCUUCAGCCAAAAUUGGUUGAAAAGUAGCUCUCGGCUUAACAGUGCUAAAUCAAAUGCUUCUCAGAACUGGGUGAAAAAUGGCUCUCGAUUGAGCAGUGCAAAUUCAAAUGCAUCUCAAAAUUCUACCAGAUCUUUGCGGUCAGGUAGAUCCAAACGGAAAAACAGCUCCACAGUUCCACAGGAGAUAACUGUACAAAGUGAAGAGAUCAAACAAAGUGGAACCAAAUCGAAAGAUUUGAGGGAUUCAAAUGUUAAGCUAACAAAGCAUUCUGUAAUUAAUGAGGAUGACAGAGAAUUUUUUAACAGCACUAAUACAGAGCACGAAGGUGAAGUUGCAGUUCUAAAAGUAACUACAGAAUGGGAUAACAACUGGCAACAUGGUGUGAGACAAGGUCCUGAUUUCAAUGGUCAAACUAUUGAUUCAACUUGGAAAGUGCAAAGCAUGGCAGAUGAUUCAAAUGAGGAAAUACAGACAAAGCCAAUUCCCAUUGUGAGAAAUGGAGCACAGCUGUCACAUUUAGUAUUGAGAGAUAAUUUCUUUGAAGAGCAAACUGCUCAAGAGACAUCCCAAAACUGGUUCCAGGAUAGCAUACGUAGAACUUCUUAUGCAGGAGAAUCUCUAAGCAAAUUUCACUCAUUGUCUCCAUCAAGGAAAAACAAAGUAUUUUGCACUUAUGAUAGCAGUUAAUUACUGUACAUAUUUUUUCAGACAAAUUUUAUACUCAAAAGAUUUCACUCAAUCAAUUUUAUAAGAAACAUAGUAUUUUGCACUUGUGAAGUGCAAGUUACUCCAUUCAUGGAAAUUGUUUACAGUUAAUUUAGUCUUAUUUCAAGAUUGCCCUCAAUUAUCAUGAUAUCAUCUUCAGUCAUCACCAAGCAAAAUUCUAACAU